GGGCCCAUCCGCCUGACGGAAGGCAGCGAGGCCUUGCUUCGCCUCUACGGGCUGGGCUUAGGCCCCGGCGCCGCCGAACGAGUGGCUUUCGCCGAGUUACGGCCGGGAGGCAACGCUUCGAGCGGUAACGCCACGUGCCAGGAGCGCUCGCAGGAUCUGGUGGUGCGGCCCGGGCCCGCCGAGCCCCGCGACACCUCAGCGCUGCUCCGGGUGAGGGUCCAACCCCUCCGCAAGGACGAGCGGGCCAAAACCUACGUGUUGUGCUCCCAACGGCGGCCCGGCCAGCCCUGGCUGCCGCACCAAGGGCUGGAUGGACACGUGGUGGUUCUGGAGGAGAAGAAAUCGCUGCUGCCGCUGUGGUUGCAGGUGAUUCUGAUCGCGGGGUUGUUGGUGCUGUCGGGGAUGUUCAGCGGGCUCAAUUUGGGGUUGAUGGCGUUGGAUCCCAUGGAGCUGCGCAUCGUGCAGAACUGCGGCACCGACAAGGAGAAGCGUUACGCCCGCAGGAUCGAGCCCAUCCGGAGGAAAGGGAAUUACCUGCUGUGCUCGCUGCUCUUGGGCAACGUGUUGGUCAACACCACCCUCACCAUCCUGCUGGACGAUCUCAUCGGCUCCGGCAUCGGCGCCGUGGUGGCUUCCACCAUCGGCAUCGUCAUCUUCGGGGAGAUCGUGCCGCAGGCGCUCUGCUCCCGGCACGGGCUGGCCGUGGGCGCCAACACCAUCGUGGUCACCAAGUUCUUCAUGCUGGUGACGUUCCCCUUGUCCUUCCCCAUCAGCAAACUCCUGGAUUGUAUCCUGGGCCAGGAGAUCGGCACCGUCUACAACCGGGAGAAGCUGGUGGAGAUGUUGAAGGUGACGGAGCCUUACAACGAUCUGGUGAGGGAGGAGCUGAACAUGAUCCAGGGAGCGCUGGAGCUGCGCACCAAGACGGUGGAGGACGUGAUGACCCCGCUGCAGAACUGCUUCAUGAUCAACAGCGACGCCAUCCUGGACUUCAACACCAUGUCCGAGAUCAUGGAGAGCGGCUACACGCGCAUCCCGGUCUACGAGGACGAGAGGUCCAACAUCAUGGACAUCCUCUACGUCAAGGACUUGGCUUUCGUGGAUCCCGAUGACUGCACGCCCCUCAAGACCAUCACCAAGUUCUACAACCACCCCGUGCACGUGGUUUUCCACGACACCAAGCUGGAUGCCAUGCUGGAGGAGUUCAAAAAGGGUGAGGAGGUGGCUGGGAGUGAAAUUCCGCUGGGUUUUGCGUCUCCAGAGAUGAUCCCCAGGGAAUGAGAGGCAAAAGGGGAGGUCACUGAGCUUUAAUCCCGGAUUUCCUGGGAGUUUUCCCGUGCUGGGAAUCUUUCCUUGCUCCUUGUUUUUAGCCCCCGAGGCUGCUGGAAAAUCUCUGGCCUCCCUCUGAUUUUGGGUUUGGCUCCUUUCUCUGGGAUUUUCCCUGGAAUUGGGAACUUCCAGGAACUUCCAGGGCUUCUGGGCUCCCAACAAGGGAGGAUGGAAUGGAAAUUCCGGUGGGUUUUGCAUCUCCAGAGAUGAUCCCGAGGGAAUGAGAGGCAAACUGGGAGAUUUAAUCCCGGAUUUCCUGGGAGUUUCCUUGCUCCUUGUUUUUAGCCCCUGAGACUGCUGGAAAAUCUCUGAUUUUGGGUUUGACUCCUUUCUCUGGGAUUUUCCCUGGAAUUGGGAACUUCCAGGGCUGCUGAGCUCCCAACAAGGGAGGAUGGAAUGGAAAUUCCGCUGGGUUUUGCAUCUCCGGGGGAUCCCACGAUCCCCAGGGAGUGAGAGGCGAAAGGGGAGAUUUAAUCCCAGAUUUCCUGGGAGUUUCCUUGCUCCUUGUUUUUAGCCCCCGAGGCUGCAGGAAAAUCCCUCUGAUUUUGGGUUUGGCUCCUUUUUCUGGGAUUUUCCCUGGAAUUGGGAACUUCCAGGGAAGUUCCAGGAACUUCCAGAGCUGCUGGGCUCCAGACAAGGGAGGAUGGAGUGGGAUGUGGAAAGCCCUUGGGGUGGGAUUUGCCCUUUCCCAGGCUCUUUUCCCAAAAAUCUGGAGCUUGGAUUGGGAUGUGGAAAACUCCAAGGUGGAAUUUCCCUUUCCCAGGCUCUUUUCCCAAAGUUUUUCCUCCCUGGAAAUCUCCAGAGCAGCUCCUGGGAAAAUCCAGGGAUUCCCAAACCCCUUCCUUGGGAGAUGCCGAUCCCAUUCCAUCCCAAAAAUCUGGAGCUGAGAAAUGAAUCCGGAGGGAAUAAUUAAUUGGAUGCGUUAAUUGCGGGGUUUGGGCUCUGGGGGCGUCGCCCUUGGGGUGACAAUUCCCAAAUCCCGCU